AUGCUUCAGCUCGCUUAUGGCAUCCUCACGCAGGGCCCUCCAGCAUGGGUUCCUGACGCCCUUCGAGACCCAUGGCGCAACAUGACCGUCAUAGCUGUGAUGGUUGUCUUGCUACUGCUUAAGCGAUACUUCAAUGGCUUUCUCAACCCUGCCGAACGCGACAUGCAUGGCCGUGUGGUUAUGAUCACAGGCGGCACGUCGGGCAUAGGGGCUGCCGUAGCGAAGGACCUCGCCCGACGGGGCGCGCAGCUGGUGCUGCUCACACGACUCCCGCCUUCGAACCCGUUUUUGGCCGACUAUAUCGGCCAACUCCGCCAAGAGACGAGGAACACGAUGAUCUACGCCGAGCAGGUCGACCUGACAUCCCUCCACAGCAUUCGCCAAUUCGCGACGAGAUGGAUCGACAACGCCCCGCCCCGACGCCUUGACAUGCUGAUCCUCUGUGCCGACACGUUGACACCACCCGGCCAAAAGCGAGUCAAGACGGAGGAGGGCAUUGAAGAGACCUGGAUGGUCAACUACCUGGCCAACUUCCACCUGCUCGGCAUCCUGAGCCCUGCGCUCCGAGCCCAGCCUUUUGACCGCGACGUGCGCGUCAUCAUCCCGACCUGUUCUUCAUACAUCGGGGCGCCGCCAUUGAGCGAGGAACUUGACAAGAAGAAGUGGAAUCCGAGCAAGGCGUACGCGAGGAGCAAGCUGGCCAUGCUGGUGUUUGGGCAGGCUUACCAGAAACAUCUCGAUGCGUACAAGAGACCUGACGGUCUGCCCAUGACGUCGCGUGUCAUCUUUGUCGACCCUGGCCUAUGCCGGACGCCUGGUAUGCGGAGAUGGCUGUCCAGAGGCUCUAUCUGGGGUCUUGUUUGCUACGUGGCGUUCUACGCGGUGCCGUGGUUCUUCCUCAAGAGCGCAGAGAUGGGCGCUCAGUCUAUCCUCUAUGCUGUCCUGGAUACAAGUCUGGUGCGGGGUCCUGGAGGUCAGCUCAUCAAAGAGUGCCAGAUGGUGGAUUUCGCGAGGAUGGACAUCAAGGAUGAGGCGAUCGCGAAGAAGCUGUGGGAGGCGAGCGACAAGCUGAUUGUCCAGACAGAAAAGGAACAGGCUGCUCUGAGAAACCUAGAAAAGAAGGCGGAAGAGGCCAGGGAAAAGGACAAGAAGGACGCCGCCCAGGCCGAAGAGAUCGACGAGCUUGUGCAGACAAUCAAGAAGGGCAAGGAGGCAGAGAAGAAGUCAACAUCGAGGCGGAAGAACAAGAAAUAG